AUGGAAUUAGUGGUUCCCCAGAUUUUGAAGGGGGGAGUGGAUACGGUCUUUGUCAUGCCAAACCUACAACCGCCCAUCACAGGUAUAGCCCAAGCUCUAGAAUAUCGGUGUCGUCUGCGGUCCAUCGAACCUAGGGUCCAUUAUCUCAUGUCACUCUACCUUCAUCCCUCCAUUACCCCCGAAGUAAUCGCUGAGGCAGCAGCCGCAGGUAUCACGGGAGUCAAAAUGUAUCCUCAAGGCGUGACCACAAAUUCCGAGUCAGGUGUGCCAGCGGAUUUUCUGAACGCCUAUUCUCCCGUCUUCGCUGCUAUGGAAUACCACGAUCUUGUACUUAAUUUGCACGGAGAGUGGCCGGGACCUCUACCCAGCCACGAUAUUUCUCUCGAAGAAGCCUUCCUGCCGGAGCUUAAAAAGCUUCACCAGAAAUUUCCACGUCUUCGAUGUGUCCUCGAGCACUGUUCCACCGCCGCGGCUCUAGAUGCCGUACGGGCUUGCGGUCCAUCAGUCGCUGGAACGAUAACGGCACAUCACCUCUAUCUGACGGGUGAUCAUAGUCAGACCGAUCCUCUGGCUUUCUGUAAACCUAUUCCAAAAAAGCCAUCAGACCGAGAUGCCCUGAUCAAAGCGGUGUGUAGCGGCGACCCUAAAUUCUUCUUCGGUAGUGAUAGCGCACCGCAUCCGUUAGUGUCCAAGCAAAACCGCCAAGCAGUACCAGCGGGCGUGUUCACACAGCCCUUCGCUACUCAACUUGUGGUUCUAGCACUUGAAGAGGCAAUUGAAAGGGGACUUCUUGGAGAAGAUGAAGUCACACAGGACCGGCUUGAGCAGUUCCUGAGUCGAUCUGGAAGGCUCUUCUACAAGCUGCCUGACCCUGCCACCGAAGGACGACCCAAGAUCGUGCUCGAGAGAAAAGGCGAGACGAUUCCCACGAGCAUAAAGAGCGCCGAUGGCACCGUUGAGAUUGGGUUGUCAAAAUCUACGGCUCCGGUUUUCAGUUUGAGCUGGCUUAUGUAG